GUUCAUAUCAUUCUUAAGUACGUCCACGCCCGGAGACCCCACACACACACACACCGAGAGUGGCUCGCUUGCUUCUUUGAUUGCCGGUCAACUGCUCGAUCAUGGCGGCGGCGGUCGGUGUUGCUAGCGGAGCGGACGUGCCGUCGAAGCUGAAGCUGUACAGCUACUUUAGGAGCUCCUGCUCUUUCCGCGUCCGUAUCGCCCUCAACUUGAAAGGGCUUGAGUACGAGUACGUUCCUGUAAAUUUGCUGAAGGGGGAACAAUUCGGUGCAGAGUUCUCAAAGGUUAAUCCGAUUAAUUAUGUGCCUGCUUUGGCUGAUGGGGACUUUGUAAUUUCAGACUCAUUUGCUAUCCUAAUGUAUCUAGAAGAGAAAUAUCCUCAGCACCACCCACUGUUGCCCAGUGAUUUGAGGAAAAGGGCAAUCAACUAUCAGGCUGCAAAUAUUGUUUCUUCAAGCAUACAACCUCUUCAGAAUCUCUAUGUUCUGAAAUUUAUUGAGGAGAAAGUUGGUCCCAGUGAACCGCUUGCUUGGGUUCAAUAUCAUAUUGGAAGAGGUUUUUCAGCACUUGAGAAGGUGUUAGCAGACCAUGCUGGAAAAUAUGCCACGGGAGACGAAGUUUGUCUGGCCGAUGUUUUCCUGGCACCCCAGAUUUAUGCGGCAGUCAAGAGGUUCAAUGUGGACAUGAGUCAAUAUCCUAUCUUGUCAAAGUUGCAUGAGGCAUACAGCGAGAUACCUGCUUUUCAUGAUGCCAUGCCAGAAAACCAGCCAGAUGCUCCUGAACCGCAAGCUUAGCCGACCAGUUGGUGCGACUGUGAAGUGCUAGCUCAGGCAGCUGCUUUGAGAAUGUUGUGAUUGUGAAGAAUAAAAUUACCUGAGUUCGCGGGGUGGAUUUUUUUUUUUUCGGGUCGAGAUGAGGGAAUUGUGUUGGAUGCUUAUAUUCAACUACAAAAGCAUUUCUUUGGCAGGUCUCAACUUUUUAUAUAUGGAACAGCUGGUGUACCAUGAGAGUUUGGUCA